ACACAAAUCAAGCCAAUAUUUCUGGAGUAUUUUUCUUCCCGCCGACAGCAUCCGCUGUCAUCAUCUCGCCGGAAUAAAACCAUGGAUCGGGCUGUGCCGCCUCAAUGCUGCUACGUGUACGAACCAGAGAGCGAGUGCAUCGCAAAUCCAUUUUGCCCUUCUCUGCGUUCUUGGAUACACACACAAAGACAACUACGUCCAAGAAUAAAAGAUGGAUCUCACCUCCUCAGAGCACCACAUCUCGUUCCACAUCUCCGCUGCUCCUCGCUCGUAGGUACGCUUAGUCUCGUGCCAUGGCAGACGUGAGCUUCUUCGUUGGAAUUCUCGGUAAUGUGAUCUCCAUACUGGUCUUUGCCUCUCCGAUAGGCACUUUCCGGAGGAUUGUGAAGACGAAGUCCACUGAGAGCUUCAAAGGGCUUCCUUACAUCACCACCUUGCUCAGUACCUCUCUAUGGACUUUCUAUGGCCUCCUCAAGCCGGGAGGCCUCCUCGUCGUGACCGUCAAUGGCGUCGGCACCGUGUUGCAGGCCAUCUAUAUCAUUCUCUUCCUCAUCUACGCUCCCAACGACACGAGGGCGAAGAUGGCGAAGUUGGUGGGGAUGCUUAACGUGUGUUUCUUUGGGGCCGUGGUGGUGGUCACCCUCCUUUCGGUCCAUGCCAGCAUGAGGCUUCUUGUGGUGGGUUUUCUGUGUGCAGCACUGACGGUUGGGAUGUAUGCUUCACCCAUGGCAGCGAUGAGCACAGUGGUGAAGACAAAGAGCGUGGAGUACAUGCCCUUCUUCCUCUCCUUUUUCCUGUUCCUCAAUGGCGGGGUUUGGAGUAUCUACUCGGUGCUUGUAAGGGACUUCUUCAUCGGUGUUCCCAAUGCUAUUGGUUUCGCCCUGGGCUCAGCGCAGUUGGUCCUCUAGGCGGUGUACAGGAGGAAGAAACCGGCGGCAAAGGCGACCGAGCUGGAGGCGGAGGAGGAGGGAUCGGCUCACCUCGUCGGCCAUGUCGAGAUGCAAGGAUUCGAGGAGAGCAACAAGGCGUCCCAGCACAAGCACCUGAACAAAGGGAGCAGCCUACCGAAGCCGUCGGCGGUGUCCCGCCAACUAAGCUUCCAAAAGAUCGUGAAGUCCGUCUCGUUGACUCCUUAUGAGCUCCACAUUAUCUGGGACCAGAAUGAUCACACGGCCAACUGAGGUGCCGGAAUCCGUCAAGAUGGAGCUCAACAUAGCAGAUGUAGGAUAUGUAUCUUUGUUAGGGAUGGAGCUCCAUAUAGUUUACUUGAUAGGGUAACUUAUGUUGGCUUCUUUGAUCAAUGAAUCACAAUGUACCAUGCCAUAAGAAUUAUAUCUUUUCUUGAGAUAAAUUAUUGAUUAAAAGUUUGA